UUGUGCAUUAAAACGACAGCCAGCUGAUGUGCGGCCGGGAUGGUCCAUGUUUGUCUGGGGCCGCAAAGUGCUACAAUACUGCUCGUCCCACAAAUACGUUGAUCUUGAUCUAAUCCGGUACCAUGCACUUGGUGCAGAAUACCUCAUGCAGUCGGAGAUGCUCCAGGCCGCAUCGCAGACCAUCUCAAAUGCCGCGCAACUCGCAAUGUUGGUCCGGCUGAAUGACCAACGAGCGUGGAAGCAACUGCCAGAGCACGAAGUCCACGACCGUAAAACACUUUGGUGGGUAGUUUACUUCCUCGAUCGCAAGAUUGCGCAACGUAUUGGCGGGCCGUAUUGCAUUAGGGAAAAUGAGAUGGCUGUCUCCGAGUUUAAUUUUGGGUUGCCGCUGGCGUCUCCCAGGGUCCGGACUCAAAAUUAUAUCCAGGCAUUAGCCAACCUGGCAAAGCUGUGGACAAAGAUUUGGGAUAGCUUCUUCUCCACAGCUGCACCUAAACCGGCAGACAGCAGGGAAAUCGAAGUCAUGAACACACGGAUUCUGGUUGCUCAACGUGAACUUCCGGGCGAAUUAACAUGGAACACAGCUCUACUCGAUAAUACUUAUAUCUUUCAGGGAGAGACGGAGCCUCAAAUUCGUCGCCGACUGUCUAUUUUUAUAAGACUCAACCUGCUGCGUUUGACCAUUCGACAGAAUCCGCUUCACAAGACAGACCAGAAUUCCCUGUCUCAGAACCUUUGUGUUUCACUUGCGUCUCAAGUAAUUGAUGCUAUUGCUGCAUUUACAGAUAGCAUCGCUAAUAUCGAGCCGUGUGGGUUUUUCUUCAGUACAGCACUUGUCGAAUGUAUUUAUCACCUGAUUUUCGCGAUUCAACGCAACCCUCCCGAAGCAGAGCGCACUUCCGGCGUGGAUUCCCUGAAGCGGUCAUAUCAGCUCCUUGUACGCUUCUCUCGAACCCUAAAUACAGCAAAACGGGCAAUCCGUGCAUUGGGUUUGGCCAUGUCUGCUCCGAGACAUAAUGCCAACAAUGUCCACGAUACGCACACAUGUAAUGUUGACCAGAGCAAUAACGAGCUGUUAAACACAAUCGAUCCCAUUAAUAUUGGCGCUUCACACAGCGACAAUACCACUCAGCAGCAUUAUGGUUCACUUGAAGAUACGUCGCUAUUUGCGUUUUUUGACGGCACAGCGGAGGACUUUCAAUAUAAUGACACCCAGGACCAAAUACUGCCCGAUAUAGGAUCUGGCUUGGAAUUAUGGGAUAUGUUGCACUAUGAUCUUGGUGGAGCUUCAGAUUAAAGAGCUAUAAAGAACAUGCUAAUGCAC